AUCACCCAGCGGUGAGCCAGGCUUUGAGCGGCUGCCUCCAGACACCACUUUUCCCAAGUCCAGAAAUGCCCUUCGUGUGUUUGACAGACUUUCAAGCCCGUGCACGGGAGCGUCUCUCGAAGUUGACAUGGGAUUAUAUUGAAGGAGGAGCUGGUGAAGGCUUCACGCAGGAAGACAACAUCACAGCAUUUAAAAAAAUUCGCCUCCGUCCUCGGUAUCUGAAAGAUGUGUCAGAAGUGGACACCAGAACCACAAUCCAAGGGGAGGAGAUCAGUGCCCCCAUUUGCAUCUCACCCACAGGUUUCCACUGCAUCGCCUGGCCUGAUGGAGAAAUGAGCACGGCCAGAGCUGCCCAAGCAGCUGGUAUCUGCUAUGUCACCAGCACGUAUGCCAGCUGUACCCUUGAAGACAUUGUUUCUACUGCCCCCGGAGGCCUCCGGUGGUUCCAACUCUAUGUGCAGCGGGACCGACAGCUAAACAGACAGCUGAUCCAGAGGGUAGAAUCCCUGGGUUUCAAAGCUCUGGUAAUCACUGUGGAUGUACCCAUAAGUGGCAACAGGUGGCAUGACGUUCGAAACCAAUUGGACUUGAAGACAAACUUACUGCUGAAAGAUCUUCGAUCACCUAAAGAGAGAAAUUCAAUGCCUUCUCUCCAGAUGUCCCGCAUUGACCCAUCCAUCUGCUGGGAUGAUCUCUCCUGGUUGCAGAGCAUAACUCAAUUGCCCAUCAUCCUGAAAGGGAUCUUGACAAAAGAGGAUGCAGAGUUAGCUGUGAAGCACAAUGUCCAAGGCAUCAUUGUUUCCAAUCAUGGUGGGAGGCAGCUUGAUGAGGUUCCCGCUUCUAUUGAUGCCUUGACAGAAGUGGUGGCUGCUGUGAAAGGAAAAAUUGAAGUGUACAUGGAUGGUGGGAUCCGAACUGGCAAUGACGUGCUGAAGGCUCUGGCCCUCGGGGCUAAGUGCAUUUUUCUGGGGAGACCAAUCCUGUGGGGUCUCGCCUGCAAGGGUGAACGUGGUGUUGAGGAAGUUUUGAACAUUUUAAAAAAUGAGUUCCACACUUCCAUGACCCUUACAGGCUGCCGGUCAGUUGCCGAGAUCAACCGGGACCUGAUCCAGAUCUCCAGGUUGUAGAGAAAGAGAGCUAAUGACUAGACUGCUGAAGUUGCCCACAGGAGGAAGGCAGACUCAUAGCAUCGUAUGUGGUGCCAUCGUGCCUAGGCCCCAUCCUAUUCAGCGGCUCAUCUCCUGCACCUCAACCAUUCCACACCCUGUGCUUCAGGCCCCCCAAACCCCUUAUCUUCCUCAAACAUGUCAUGCUCUUCUUUGCCUCACUGCCUUUUAUAUGCUGAUCUCUUCCCUGAAAUCCUCUGAAUGAAAAGAUCUUAAAAGGGCAGAUCAAUAAUGACUGAAAUAGUGGAUUAAAUUUUUUGCAUAUCCUAUAUAUCUCUAUGAAAAAGUUAUGGAAAUUUGCACUCUGGACAGAAGAGCUAUAUGUAUAAAAUAUUCCCCAACAAAAAUCAUACUCCAAUCUAUAGGUAAUAGGGAAAUAAUAUAGUU